AUGUACGAGAGAGCCAUUUUGUGGGAACAGGGACUAGAACUUCAAGAAAGUUUUCCAAGCCCCGCAGAUCGAGUAUGGGAAAAGAAUGAAGAUCACUGGGUCCCAGUAUGGAUAAUUGCAAAAAGGGAUCUAGUCAGAGUCGCUGCCACUAUAAAAAGUAAUUCCAAUCCUAUUGUAAUUAAGAUUCUAGCAGAACUUGGUGCCAAGUUUGACUGUGCUUCUAAGGCGGAAAUAGAAGCUGUUCAAAAAUGCGGGGUCUCUGGAGAUCGUAUUAUUUAUGCUAGUGCAGUUAAAUCGAGGCAUUAUAUCUCUUAUGCGAAACAAGUUGGGAUAGAUCGGAUGACUGCUGACUGCGAAACUGAACUUUUCAAAAUCAAACAUCUGUUUCCCGAGGCUAGAGUAGUGAUCCGUAUUAUAUGUAAUUCUGCCAAUGCCGGUAUGCCACUUGGUCUUAAAUUUGGCUGUGAUCCACAGAAAAAGGCAUUUGAAUUGGUAGAUGUGGCAAAAAAUUUGGGACUCCAUUUGCAUGGAUUUAGUUUUCAUGUUGGUAGCCCUUGUGGAGAUCUGUCAGCAUAUGAACGAGGUAUUCGAAUUUGCGAGCAAUUAAUCAAGUAUGCUAGAUCGAAAGGUUGCAGUGAAGCUUGUAUGAUUGACAUUGGAGGAGGAAUUCCUGGUGAAUCUGAAUUUGAUUUUGAUAAGUUUGCAGAUGUAUUACAUGAUGCUACGAAGGACGUAGAUCCUUCGAUAGAGUUUAUAAGCGAGCCUGGAAGAUAUUACGUUUUAGCGAGCACCCACGCUGUUGCCUGUGUAGAAGGAAAAAAAUCAGUAAUUGAAAAUGGAAAGAAGUGUUUUAUGUAUUACUUAAACGAUGGAAUUUUUGGAUCUUUCUCUGCAAAGAUAAUGCGAACAAUUCCCGAAAUUCUAGAUGGCAGAAAGAAUAAACAAGUAUUUUUAUCAAAGCUUUGGGGUCCGUCCGGCGAUCCCUUUGAUUACGUUAUAAAUGAUUAUUUACCUGAAUUAGAAAUUGGUGACUGGCUGUUGUGGAAAAACAUGGGUGCCUACACUACUGUAUUUUCAAAUUCAUUUAACGGAUUUCAGCCACCAUCUGUAUUUGCAUAUAUGCGAAGAAGUGCUUGGGCGGCUCUUCAAGAGGAACUUCUUUUCGUUAAGAUGAAUAAUGCCAAUGGUUAUGAGUAA